UGUCACAACUAAUCUGCAAAGCAGCGUUUCUAUUUAUUUAUCUUGUAAACAAAGAAAUUCUUAUAAUAAUAUACAAGUAAGACUUAAUAGGAAUUAUAAUACAUGAAAAGCAUGCCUGUAGAAUUGAAUAGUCUCACGGAAGGAUGGCUAGAGCUCGAAAGCGACCCCGGAUUGUUCACUUUAUUGCUAGAAGAUUUCGGCGUCAAAGGCGUGCAAGUCGAAGAAAUAUACGAUCUGCAUAAACCAUUAGAGAGUCCAGUGUAUGGCUUUAUUUUCUUAUUCCGAUGGAUAGAAGAGAGACGGUCGCGUCGCAAAUUCGUAGAACAAAUAGAAAGCUUUGUACGCGACGAGGAGACUAUUAACAACAUAUUUUUCGCUCAGCAAAUGGUGCCCAAUAGUUGUGCCACACACGCUUUACUAUCUAUAUUACUCAACUGCCCCAAUCUACAUUUAGGAGAGACUUUGAGUAGGUUAAAGCACCACACAGUAGGCAUGAAUCCCGAGAACAAAGGGUGGGCGAUUGGAAACACUCCAGAGUUAGCAUGUGCACACAAUUCGCAUGCUAUUCCACAAGCUCGCAAGAAGACAGACAAAAAUGCUGUGGUCCCUACAGGACGCUUCACAGGUGAAGCAUAUCACUUUGUUAGCUUUGUACCUAUCAAUGGACAUCUGUUUGAGUUGGAUGGCCUGAAGCCAUUUCCCACAGACCAUGGGCCUUGGGCCACAGACGAGGACUGGACAGAUAAGUUCCGAAGAGUCAUGGCUGAGAGGUUGGGCAGAGAUGCUGGAGAACAGGUCCAUGAUAUCAGAUUCAAUUUGAUGGCUGUAGUGCCAGAUCGAAGAAUUGCCAUAACACAGAAACUGAAUGCACUUGAAGUCAACCAGAAAAGAGUAAAGGACGCCAUCUCUAAAAUAGGAAAACAUUUAAGGCAUCUACUUGUGAAAAACAGGGACAGUGAGCAACCACAAAUUAACCCAGAAUCAAAUGAAAAUUCAUUGCAAGAUAAUGAGAUUGAGUUUAGUGAGAGGACUAUCCUAUUGGCUCUAGAGCAGGCGCAGUCUCAGCUAUAUGACAUAGACUACACACAACCAGUGUACAUAGAGAUUGGUCCCACAGAUAGGCAGAACCAGGAUACUAGUUUUAUUUUAGCGGACCCUGUUGAGCAGGGUGAAGUGGUGAAGUUCUUCACCUUAAAUCGGGACAGUCAAAUACUUGGAGAUAUUUACCCUACAUCCAUCACAGCCAUAGUGAAGAGCAACGACACACCCAUUCUAGCGUACAGGGAGGUGGCGCCCGAGGAGCCGUUCAAGCCGCGGAAGGUGCUGUUCACACACGCGGAGCUGAACGCUAUGAUGAGCUGCAUCGUGGCUGAGAUACAGCUGUGCCAGCAGGCGCUGAAUGAUGAGAAUGAUAAGAGGGAUAUGUAUAAGGUGGACGACUGCCGGCGCACGCACAACUACGACGAGUUCAUCUGCACGUUCCUGUCGAUGCUGGCGGAGCGCGGGUCGCUGGCGGAGCUGGUGGCGGCGCAGCUGGAGCGCGGGCGCGCGCCGCGCGUGCGCCGCCGCCGCGCGCGGCCGCGCCCCCGCCCGCGCCCGCGCCCGCGGCCCCGCCCGCAGGUGCGCGCCAGCGCGCGCUCCAGGAAGUGACACUCCGCAGUUCUCACCACUACUUGGGAAGGUUUUUGAUACCGCCUGUUUUGUAUUUGGCCCAUAAUUUCUCUCAAACAUGCUCGGAAAUGGUCGCAUUUUGUUAGUAAAUCGAAAACGCAAAGUGCCUAUUUUUUGUUCCAGCGACGACAACGCACGGCCAUCGCACGCCCGGCGGGGACGGAGCGGGCAAAUAUGAAAUUCAUAUGACCGAUACAAAAUGUUUAAAUUUAUUUAAUUUGAUUAAUUUAACAGCCGUUGAAAUUAUUUUUACAAAAUUUUUAAUCUUGGCUGAAUGCCGAAUACCUAGGUCUGUGCUUCCGAUGCCUACCCUAUCAAGAAUGUUUGAUAUGUCACCAUAUUUAAGAAUUAUUUCACUUUUAAUUUAGUUUUUUCUUCAUAAGUGUGAUGAAAAACAUUGUAACUCCGGGGGUAAAAAUAUUGCAAACUCGGGUCUUCAAUUACCACCCUCGUAUUCAAAAUUUCACUUACCCCCCUCGUUGCACAAUGUACUAUUAUAUUUCAGCAUUUCCUUACAUGUUUGAGAAAAUGGCGUUUUAUAAGUUUUAAUCGUGUGUCGAAAGAUGGCAGUAAAUUUACUGUGGCUACAAA